GAGCCGGACACUGCGACGGACACGGCUGCGCCAGACCCGCUCGCCGCGCCGGGAGGGAGCCGCAGCCCCGACCGGCAGCCACUGGUCCCCCGGGAUUCCGCCUAUUUUGUGGGGAACCAGCCGGAGGCGCGGAGCGGAGCCGGUCCCGGCAGGGGAUGGAGAAGCCGGAGGUGGCGCGCACACGGCGCUCUCCGCUGCCAACCCCUGUCCAGUGCAGGAUGACGUGGCUGGCAGCCUGCCUGGGCCUGUGGCUCUUCCUGCAACUCCCCACCUUGGGCGCUGGGACACGCGUGGUCUACAAAGUGCAGGAGGAACAGCCGCCCAACACACUCAUUGGGAGCUUGGCUGCCGACUACGGCUUUCCCGACGUGGGGCACCUCUAUAAGCUGGAAGUGGGGGCUCCCUAUCUGCGUGUGGAUGGCAAGACAGGGGACAUUUACACCACGGAGACCUCCAUCGACCGGGAGAGCCUGCGGGAGUGCCAGAGCCAGUUCCCAGGGGAACUCUGCUUCCUGGAGUUCGAGGUGUCCAUCACGGACCUGAUGAUGAACAGCAGCCCGCGCCUGCUGGAAGGGCAGAUCGAGGUGCUGGACAUCAAUGACAACACUCCCAACUUCGCCUCGCCCGUCAUCACACUGGCCAUUCCCGAGAACACCAACAUCGGGGCACUCUUCCCCAUCCCCCCGGCCAUGGACCGCGACGCAGGCGCCAACGGGGUCGCCUCCUAUGAGCUCCUGGCUGGGCCUGAGGCGCAGGAGCUCUUCGGCCUGCAGGUGGCUGAGGAUCAGGAUGAGAAGCAGCCGCAGCUGAUUGUCAUGGGGAACCUGGACCGGGAGCAGUGGGACUCCUAUGACCUGACCAUCAAGGUGCAGGAUGGAGGCAGCCCACCGCGGGCGAGCAGCGCCCUGCUGCGAAUCACCAUCCUGGACAUGAAUGACAACACCCCCAAGUUCGAGAAGGCCCUGUACGAGGCGGAGCUCUCAGAGAACAGCCCCGUGGGGCACUCCGUCCUCCAGGUGAAAGCCAACGACUCGGAUCAGGGUGCCAACGCCGAGAUUGACUACUCCUUCCACCAGCCCACAGACAUGGUGCGUCGCCUGCUGCGCCUGGACAGGGCCACGGGCCUCAUCACUGUGCAGGGGCCCAUUGACCGGGAGGACGUCAAUAUCCUCAAGUUCUCUGUCCUGGCCAAGGAUAAGGGGGCCAAUCCCAAGAGUGCCCGCACCCAGGUGGUGGUGACCAUCAAGGACAUGAAUGACAACGCCCCCUCCAUUGAAAUCCGGGGUAUUGGCCUCGUUACCCAUCAGGACGGCAUGGCCAACAUCUCCGAGGACGUGCCCGUGGAGACGGCCGUGGCUCUGGUACAGGUGUCUGACCGGGAUGAGGGUGAGAACGCUGUGGUCACCUGUGUGGUUGCUGGCGAUGUCCCGUUCCAGCUGAGACAGGCCAGCGAGACGGGCAGUGACAGCAAGAAGAAGUACUUCUUGCAGACCACCACGCCGCUGGACUACGAGGCGGUGAAGGAGUACACCAUCGAGAUCGUGGCUGUGGAUUCGGGGAACCCACCCCUCUCCAGUACCAACUCCCUCAAGGUGCAGGUGGUGGAUGUGAACGACAACGCCCCAGUCUUCAGCCAAAGCCUCACUGAGGUGGCCUUCCCCGAGAACAAUGCCCCUGAUGACCUGGUGGUGGAGGUGAGCGCCAGUGACGCUGACAGUGGCUCCAAUGCCAAGCUGGUUUACUCCCUGGUCAUGGACCCCUCCUCCAAGGGCUUCUUCUCCAUCGACCCUGACUCAGGUGAGAUCCGAGUGAAGACGGUGCUGGACCGGGAGCAGAGGGAGCGCUAUGAGUUCCUGGUGGUGGCAGCUGACAAGGGCAGCCCCAGUCUCAAGGGCACGGCAUCUGUGGCCAUCAAUGUCAUGGACAGGAAUGACAACGACCCCAAGUUUAUGCUGAGCAGCUACAACUUCUCAGUGAUGGAGAACAUGCCUCCCCUGAGCCCGGUGGGCAUGGUGACAGUGAUUGACGCUGACAAGGGCGACAACGCCCGAAUCCAGCUGUCAGUGGAGCAGGACAACGGGGACUUUGUCAUCCAGAAUGGCACUGGCACCAUACUCUCCAGCAUCUCCUUUGACCGGGAGCAGCAGAGCACGUACACCUUUCGGCUCAAAGCUGUGGAUGGAGGGGACCCUCCCAGAUCUGCCUACGUGGGGGUGACCAUCAACGUGCUGGACGAGAACGACAAUGCCCCUUUCAUCACCUCCCCUUCCAAUGCCUCUUACAAGCACAUCCUGCCCCACACCAGCCCCGGGCAGCAGGUCAGCAAGGUCAAGGCUGAGGACAUUGACUCGGGGGUCAAUGCAGAGCUGACCUACAGCAUCACAGGGGGCAACCCCUUCGAGCUGUUCCAGAUCUCACCGCAGAGCGGGGACAUCACGCUGGAGAAGGAGAUCCUGCGUAAGCACCAUGGCCUGCACCGCCUGGUGGUGCGUGUCAACGACAGGGGCAAGCCCUCGCGCCAUGGCACCGCGCUGGUGCACUUCUACGUCAAUGAGACCCUGGCCAACCGCACGCUGCUGGAGACCCUGCUGGGACACAGCCUGGACACGCCGCUGGACAUCGACAUUGCUGGCGACCCCGAGUACGAGCGCAGCAAGCAGCGCAGCAACAUCCUCUUCGGCGUCAUCGCUGGCAUCGUGGCCGUCACCCUGGUUAUUGUGCUGGUGGUGCUGGUGCGCUACUGCCGGCAGAGGGAGGCCAAGAGCGGCUACCAGGCGGGCAAGAAGGAGACCAAGGACCUGUACGCCCCCAAUCAGGGCAACAAGAGCAGCAAGAGCAAGAGCAAAGUGAAGAAGAGCAAGUCCCCCAAGCCGCCCAAACCGGCCGAUGACGAGGAGGAGACUGGACUGCAGAAGUCCCUCAAGUUCAACCUCAUGAACGACUCCGUCAGUGACAGCCCCCGCAUCCACCUGCCUCUCAACUACCCGCCUGGGAGCCCGGACCUGGGGCGCCACUACCGCUCCAACUCCCCGCUGCCCUCCAUCCAGUUGCAGCCCCAGUCGCCCUCUGCCUCUAAGAAGCACCAGGUGGUGCAGGACCUGCCUGCCACUAACACCUUUGUGGGCACUGGGGACAACAACUCGACAGGCUCCGAGCAGUACUCUGACUACAGCUACCGCACCAACCCCCAGAAAUACACCAACAAGCAGUUACCUCAUCGCCGAGUGACAUUCUCUGCAGCUAAUCAGGCACAGGACUUGCAGGACCCCUCACAACAUAGUUACUAUGACAGCGGGCUAGAAGAGUCAGAGACUCCUAGCAGCAAGUCAUCAUCAGGGCCCCGAAUUGGGCCACUAGCUCUGCCUGAGGAUCAUUAUGAGCGCACCACACCCGACGGUAGUAUUGGGGAGAUGGAGCACCCUGAAAACGAUCUCCGGCCUCUGCCUGACGUUGCCAUGACUGGGACCUGCACCCGGGAAUGCACGGAGUUCGGCCAUUCCGACACCUGCUGGAUGCCUGGCCAGUCCUCCCCAAACCGCAGGCCCAAGAAUGCCCUGAAGCUCUCCACUUUUGUGCCUUACCAAGAACGGGGGAGUCAAGAGCAAGUUGGGAACAGCAGCCCCAGACUUUCGGAAGAGCGCAGCACCAAAAUGGCCAACCUCCGCCUGCUCCCCACAUACAGUGCCUUCUCCAACAGUAGCCAUGAGCCCUGCAAGGACUCCCCUAUGGAGGAAAUUCCUCUCACCCAGACCUCGGACUUCCAGCCAGCCACCACCCCCUCGUCUCAAACCACUAAGAGGGAGAUCUACCUGUGAGGCUGGGCCCAAAGGAUGAGGAGCAGACACUUCUGAGGCCAGUGUCCAGAGGAACAUUUGAAACUUCAAUGCUUUAUCGCUCCUGCAGCCGGUUCUCCAGGUUGUUCCCAGUUUCCACCUCCCUCUGGGUGAGACGCCCCAACUGGCCUCUGAGGACACAGGGCAGGGCAAGGGAGAGGAGGGCCUUUUUAACUCGUUGUCUUGAGGCAGGGUGGGUGUGUGAAACCUAAGGAAUUUCCAAGCACUUGAGGGUGCGUCUCUGAACUGCUGUGUCAGGGAGGGCUGGGCAGGCUCUGAGUGCAGAGGACACGGCUGGGGUGAAGGGCUUAGGUACCAAAGGUCCAUGCAGAGCUGGUGGAGUUCCUGGGGCACAGGACAGAGGGGUGUCUCCAUGCACAGGGAGCAAGCUGCCUGUUGCUUUACUGUAGACUCCUGUAAAUAUGAAUCUUAGGAAUGACAUUCAAAUCCUGCCUGAUUGAAACUUUUAUUGUCCUUGAAACAAGACAUUUCAACAAAACAAACCACAGGGAGCAAGUUCCAGCAUUGAAUGGUUUGGUGCAUGGAAGAGCACAGGGGAGCACAGCUUCCAGUCCACACUCCUGUUCCAUAUUGUAAAUAAAGAUGUGAUUGGUUCCUCAAAUAACAGCUGGGAAUGGGAGGAGAGGGGCAGGGGCCUGUCAGUGGGGCUGGAGGCUUUCUGGUUUUACAUCCUGGCCCGCUUGCCAAAUGCUGUCACUGUGCCCAUUGGCUGCAGGGUGCGCAGUGACUGCUCAGUGCCAGAGGUAAGGGCCUAUGCUGAGGCGUUCCUUUUGGCUGUGUACCAGUGGAUGGCAAAGCUGAAAGAGCCAGGAGCAGGGCUGGGGAGCCCCGGUUUGAUAACUAUAUCUCUGGCUGCAGAGAUCCUUGGCUCUAGCUCUGCUGGAGAGAAGGGAGGCACAGGCCAUUGGGCCUCACCCCAUCCCCUUGUGCCUGCUGUAGUGCAGGGAACUCCCAUGGGGCCAUCUGUGCCAUGAACUUGACCUUUGACCUGUCCGCCUGUAAGCCACCAUUUGCCUUUGUGAGGAGGAGCUUUGUCUCAGGGUCACACCAGGGGCCACUGGCCCCUGUGAGCUGGAGUCCCACUGCCCUUAGGCCACAGAGCCACUCUCAAGGGCUCCAGCAUUCUCUUCCAGUGUCAAAGGUCAUCCAGUCUCCCGGGGGUGGGCACCCUAAUGCCGUGCCAGGUGCCAGCAGCAUAUGAGCUCCCCUUCACAGGGUACCAAAUCCAGGGAGACACUGUGCAGGGUAGAGAGGAAGGAUGGGUGGCAUCAGCUUGAGCAGGUGCCUGUAGGAAUGGCCCUUGGCAUGGCCAGCCUGAGCAAGAUGUGGAUCAAAGGGGUGGCCCUGGUGGGACACAGGAGCUCCUCCUGGCUCUGCUUGAACUCUCUUGCUCUCUUGGAGGCCUUGGAGCUGUUCUGGUGACUUGGUUUCUGUCCCAUUCUCAACUGUUCCAGCUCUGGUCUGACCCCCUGCUCCAGACGGGACAGCCCAGGUGUCUGGAGCAGGGUGAGGGUGACUCAUGCCUCAUUCUCUCUAGGGUACCUUCCUUCCUCUCCUUAUCCAGUAGGAGUGCUAGGAGGAGGGUGAGAUGCACCAUUAUUCUUCCCUUCCAAUCUCCUCAGCACUCUUCAUUGCUCAGCUCUUCCUUGGGGAGUGAGGCCAAUAGCAGCUUCAGGAUAACAUCCCCUUUCCUAUCUUUGGUCCAUGCUUGACCUUUGAACACAGGGGGAUGUGGUGGGGACAUUGUGUGUCUGCUGACUGGGCAGCCUUUCCUCUCUGGUGCCUGUGGGUGGUUCUGCAGGACUUGUUCAGCACUGGGUGUUUCCUGCAGGGAGAGGGCAUUGCAGCCCCAUCCCAUCAGGCCCAGAGGCCUGCAAUCCCUGCACUGAGUCUUGGGGGGUUCGGGGCAAUGGCACUUGCCCUGCCUUGCCUCCUGGUGUUCAGCAAGUCCCUUGCUGAAUAGCUCCUGACCCUUUGCUCUGGCAGUGGUGAUGGGAUAUGGCCAGCCUCAUGGUGUAGCUUCCUCAGGGCCGUGUGGCCUGAUGGACACAAGCUGAACCAGGUCUGCCCAAGGCCGAAAAGGCACAGAGCUGACAAGGCCUGCAGAAGGGCCGCAGAAAGCGAGGCUCCUAGCUGCCCUACCCUGCCUGCUCCCCCAGCGCCCUGUUCUUGUGUCACCCUUUCCCGGGUGAUGUGAUGGGGGACUGUCCCACCACAGUUCAUACAUCUAGAGGUGCCGCUUAGGGGAGUCAGGACCCUCCUUCCCAUCUCUCCUGUCACCGCUCCCCUGCUUGGAGGGCACUGAUCCAGUGGGUCUCUGUGGUGGACAUGGCCUCCAGGUGGGUGUCCGUCCAGGCAUACCUGUUCUGCUCUGCUGGCAGUGUUGUGGGGCCCGUGCUCCCCCUGGCCUGGCUGCCUGAGCACGUCACUUUCCUGAAUAUGUUUUUAUUGUAGUUCUAGUUUCAGGGCCUAACUGGGCAGAAUGUGCAAUUUGGCCACCUAGGCCAGGAUCCUUGAUUCCUCUGCCAGCUCAGAUGCUCACUCCCCGCACCCAGGCUCGGGUCUGGGGCAGCAUCCCUCUGGGGCAGGCUCCCCAGAAGAGCUACAUGACCUACGCAGAUGAGGGUCACUACUUCCAAGAGGGAAAGAGUGGGCCCUGGCUCUUCCCAUGGCCUGGUCUGCAGGAUGGCCUCCCUACUUGCUGCUUGGGUCACUAAGGGAACCCUGAGGCUCACAGCCCUUUGGUUUGGUUCAGCAGCUGCCUGAGGCAGCACAGCAGCUCACUCAGCCUGAAUACACGGUCAUCUGUGCUUCGCAGUCCCUUUCGUUUGGGACUGAGGGGGGAAUCUGCCUGAGGGGGAAGGGCAGAUGUGGUGCUGGGAUCAGCCCAGUGGGGAGGGGUGCUGGGAUCAGCCCACA